UGAAAAUCAAAUUCACAGAGUGGGGGAAAAACAUGAAUGUACUACGUGCGGAAAGAGAUUCUGUAGACGCUCAACUCUUACUGCACAUCAAAGACUACACUCAGAGACUCCUGCCGCGCGGCUCCGAAGCGGUUAACAGAGGCGACAGAGCUUAGAUUCCUAGAGCGGAAGGAAAGACUGGCGAGAGAGGAGGAGCUUCCGCUUUCUGUUCAACUUCCCGGGGAGAUGCUGGGCGUGGCGGCGGCUGUCCUCCCUGGAGGCGGGUAACUGGGGGGAGUCGGCCAAUCCAGGGGCGGAAUUGGGGGGCAAGAGGGAGGGGCACGACGGGAGGAAGAGCUCACAAAAGGGAUGGAGCCACGUCCCUCCUGGGGCCAACUAAGAGGCGACGGGGAAAGGUCUUCAUCUCCUGGGUGGGGAAGCGGGAGACUUGAAUGCAUCAUCCUUAAAUGAAGAUGUUGAAGGGAUGCUGGCAGAAGGGGAACAAUCAGAAGUGUCACCAAAAGGAUCCAAAGAGAAGGCGGAGCAAAGGAAGCUGAGGGUUCAAGAUGGAGGCAGCAGGCAAGAGGGGAUACAUAAAUCAGGUUCUGGUGUCUUUUGAGGAGGUGGCAGUAUAUUUCACCCAGGAAGAGUGGGCACUCCUGGGUCCAGCUCAGAGGGCUCUCUACAGGGAAGUCCUGCUGGAGAAUUAUGAGGAACUGGCUUCUCUGGAAGGGCCUCUGUUUCCUCAACCUCGCCUCAUCUCCUGGUUGGAAGAAGAGGAAGAGGAGUUUGUCCAGGAGAAAGAAGCAGGUAGUCGAAAAGCACCAGCGACGUGCCGCAGGUCCCCUCUUCUUUGGGAUGAAGUGGAAGGAAUGGCCCUCCCCUCAGCUCAGAGUCUGGUGUCCUUUGAGGAGGUGGCUGUGUACUUCACCAGGAUCGAGUGGGCCUUGCUGAAUUCAGGCCAACAAGAACUCUACAAAGAUGUCAUGUUGGAUAAUUACAGGAACUUGGCCUCUCUGGAAGGGCCGCUGAUGCCCCAGUCGGACCUCAUCUCCUGGCUUGAAGAAAAGGAAGAGUGGUUGGUCCAGAAAAAAGAGGCAGAAGGGCCUCUGAUGCUCCAAUCAGACCUCAUCUCCUGGUCUGAAGAAAAGGAAGAACUGCUGGUCCAGAAGGAAGUGGCAGAAGGGCCUCUGGUAUCCCAAUUGGACCUCACCUGGUUUGAAGAAAAAGAAGAGUUGUUGGUCCAGAAGAAAAGGGCAGGUGAUGGACAGGACCAUAAGAAUUAUCAGGCGGCACAUAUAGCGUCAGAAACAACCACACAUGAUACGAGAAAAGAAAUAUUUGGAAAUCAAAGAGAAAGACACAAGGCAAACCAAUCAAAGCCUAGGCAGAAGAAGCAAUCGGCUUCCCAGGGAGCUGAGGUCCAUGAACUCCUGAUCCCUCCAGAAGACUGUAAAGAUAAUAAGAAUAUUACAUGUCCAGUGUGUGGUAAAAUAUUCCAAUAUAGAUCACAGUUAAAUACACAUAGCAGAAGUCACACAGGAGAGAAACCGUUCAAAUGCACAGAGUGUGGGAAGAGCUUCAGUACAAGCAGUUCCCUUACUGCACAUGGAAGAACCCACACAGGAGAGAAACCAUAUAAGUGCAUGGAGUGCGGAAAGAGCUUCAGCCAAAGAGGAAGUCUUAUUGCCCAUCAAAGAACCCAUACAGGGGAGAAGCCAUUUAAAUGCAUGGAGUGUGGAAAGAGUUUCAGUCAACUUGGACAUCUUAUUUCCCAUCAGAUAAUCCAUAAAGGGGAGAAAUACUGUAACUCCGGACAGAUGGACUGUGGAGAGGGCCUCCAUGAUAGCAUAACCUUUACUGAACAUCAGAGAACCCACACAGGAGAGAAGCAGUAUAAAUGUCUGGAGUGUGGGAAGAGCUUUGAUAUGAGAGGAACCCUUGCCAAACAUCAAAGAAUCCACACAGGGGAGAAACCAUAUAAAUGCAUGGAGUGCGGAAAGAGCUUCCGGGCUAGCUGGACCCUUUGUAUACAUAAACGAAUCCAUACAGGGGAGAAACCAUAUAAAUGCUUGAACUGCGGAAAGAGCUUCCGGGAUGGCGGAACCCUUGCCAAACAUCAAAGAAUCCACAAAGCGGAGGAAAGAUAUAUCUGCACAGACUGUGGAAAGGUCUUUCGAGGGAGCGGUAGCCUUAAUUUACAUCAAAGAAUCCACACAAGGGAGAAGCAGUGUGCUGGGUGGAACCUUUCCGAACAUCAAAUAAUCCACAUGGGAGAAACCAUUGCUGUCGACACUGGCCGGCAGCAGCUCCCCAGGGAAGAAGUCCCUUCUGGGCAGGAAGGACGGCCCAAGAUCAAAAUAGAGGAGACAGGCUUAUCAGAAUUUGAACCCGAGAUGGGGGUGAAAGGGUCCGAAAGAGCCCCUUACGUCUUCCAGGCGGGGAGCAUUCGGGAAUUGCUUUUCAAGGCAUCGGGGAGACAGUUGGUGCAGGUUCCAGGCGAAGGGCUCUGUCAGCAAUGGGAGAGACAGUGGCAAGAGUUCCUGGGGACCUUGGAGCCCCCCAACUUGAGGUGGGAGGCCGCUCAGCUGCCGGAGGAGCCCACCCCCUGGGAAGACGCCAAGGCCUUCCUGGCCUCCUUCGAACAAGUGGCCAAAGCCUGCCGGUGGCCCUGGGAAGAGUGGGCGGCCAGGCUGCUGCCGGCCCUCAGCGGGGAAGCCGAGCGAGCCUUUUGGAGUCUGGAGGCCGGAGACAGAGAGGAUUAUGGGAAAGUGAAGGCGGCCAUCUUGCGCGGGGACGCCAUCAGCAGGGAGAAGGAUCGCCAGUACUUCCGGCGCUUCUGCUACCGGGAGGCUGAGGGGCCCAGAGGGGCCUAUAGCUGCCUCCAGGAGCUCUGCCGGCGGUGGCUGAAAGUGGAGAGGCACUCCAAGGAGCAGAUCCUGGAGCUGCUGGUCCUGGAGCAGUUCCUGGCCAUCCUGCCAGCAGAGGUCCAGAGCUGGGUCAGGGAGUGCGGCCCAGAGACCUGCUCCCAGGCGGUGGCCCUGGCUGAGGAUUUCCUGCUGAGGCAGCUGCAGGUGGAGGAACAGGAGCAGCAGGUGCCUACAGAGGUGGAUGUGAGUCCCCCCAAAGAAGAGGAGGUUCUGGAGCCCGGAGAGGUGCUGGGGCCCAGCUGGGAGAUCAGUGAUGCUAACCAUGCUGGUUUUCUGUUAUGUGAGCCCAUGCUAGGCGAUCCCAUUUCUGGGGACGCAAAGACCUGCCACCUCUCAGAAUGUUCCUUGCAGAGAGAACCCCAGGGGCAGCCGCUGCAAAAUACGGGGCGGGACGUUCCCCCGUGCAACAAGCAGGAAGAGGCGCCCAGAAGUUCUAAUGGGCUGGCGAGAGGGACAGAAGCAAGUCCAAAGAGAAAAGCUGCCUGGGAGCUGGACAAGAGCCAGCCAGGGACCCUGGAGACCGAGGCCGAGGCCGCCUCCCCAAAUGGGAAUAGCGUCCAACUGAAGCCGCCACUGGGCAUCCAUCCUGGGCCAGGACCCUACAAAUGCUCCGAGUGCGGGAAGAGUUUCUGCCGGCGCUCUUCCCUGUCCCAGCACCACCGCAUCCACACCGGAGAGAAGCCCUACGAAUGCUCCUACUGCCAGAAGGCCUUCCGGGCGCACUCCCACCUCACGAAGCACAGGCGCCUGCACACAGGGGAGAAGCCCUACAAGUGCGGGGACUGCGGCAAGGGCUUCCGCCAGUCGUCCAACCUCCAUAAGCACCUGAAAAUGCACGUGGGCGCCCCGAUCUACAGGUGCCCCGAUUGCGGGAAGAGCUUCGGCCAGCGCUCCAAGUUUUGCCAGCACCGCAAGGCGCACGCCGGCGGGAAGACCUAUCGGUGCUCGCGGUGCGGGGAGAGCUUCGGCGAGCUCUCGCUCCUCCACACGCACCGGCGGAGCCACGCGGCGGAGCGAGCCUACCAGUGCCCCACCUGCGGGAAGGCCUUCGAUCACCGGUCGAGCUUCCUGAAGCACAGGGUGACCCACACGGGGGAGAAGGCCCACAAGUGCCCCACCUGCGGGAAGGCCUUCAGCCAGUCCUCCAACCUUCGCAAGCACCAGAAGAUCCACACCGGGGAGAAGCCUUACAAAUGCCUCACCUGCGGGAAGUCGUUCACCCAGAGCUCGCACCUCAGCUUCCACCAGAACACCCACAAAGGGUUCAAGACAUACAAAUGCUUAGACUGCGGGGACAGCUUCACCGACAGGUCCCACCUUAUGAAACACAAACUGAGCCACGCCAGCACAAAAGUGGCAACGUCGGCCUGAAAUCCCCCUAGAUUUUAUAAGGCAGGUAAAUUGUAUUUAUUUUUUAAAUUUAUAUGAAGCUUAGGCCUUUGCACAUUGACUGUUCCCCUCUGUUCCACAAUUUCAUUAGGAAGUCUUCCCUCACUCAGCCUCACUCAUCCACAAUAUGUGGGACAGAUGAUAUUGAUCUACCUUAACAACAACAACAACAACAACAACUUUAUUAUUUAUACCCCAUCCAUCUGAUUAUUUAUACCCACUCUGAGUGGCUUCCAAUACAUGUAAAAUCAAAUAAAAUGUCAAAUGUUAGCAAUAACUGAUCCGAUACAAGAAAAAUGAGAAUAACUUUUCACAUAACUUAUAUCAAAUAAAUCAGUAUUCAACCAUCCAUUAAAAUCAAAGAGUAAACAGUUAAAUAGCAGCAAAUAACUAAACCUUGCAGGAAGGUUAUAAGACUGGAAGCAAAACUGGGUGCUUGUGAAGUGCCUUCGGUGAGGGAUUUUGGUGGAAAGACUAAAGUGGCUUGGAAGUUUAGAGGACCAAAAAAAAGGGUGUGUGUGAAAGGGAAAGGGGUGAAAAGGAAUUGGACUUCCUAGCAUUAUUUUAAUAAUAAGUUAUGACCAGAUGAAUCCACAUUGAUUUCCCCCCACCCCGAUGAAAUUGGGCGGGGAGUUCCGCAAAUGGGGUGGCUAAUUCCUUGUUGGACUCCCAUCAGCCCUAAUGAAGAUUGCCAAUGGCAAGGGAUGAUGGAGGUGGUAGUCCACCGGCCUACCCCUGUUCUAGACUAAUGAAAUAUCCUUAAUUUUGUUCUUGAAAAUAAAAAAGUUACCUGUUUUAUUCUCUCUUUUCUUGCCUGUCUUUUCAACUUCCCUUUGAGACAAAAAUUAGAGGUCUAAAAGGUGAUUUUGCACUGUCCAUUUAAAGUACCACACUGCUUCCCCAAAGAGCUGUGGGAACUGUAGUUUGUUAAGGGUGGGGAGAGAAG